UCUUCAUUUCAGAACUAGGCUACAAACAGUAGCACGUAGGUCUACUUCACUUCAGCUUUAGGGAGGAUGUCAUAAGUGUGUUUAAAGCCUGCAGUUAUUUCAACAUGCGCAUUAAGUGUAAAUUCUGUUGAUUCAACAGAAAAGACUUUGACCUUACAGGAAAUUGGCAUUCAUAUAAUAAAAAGACAAAUGAAGGAAACGCCUGGGCAUAAAUGAGGAAGGAGUGAGUGUAUAAAACUCAGUCCUUUUUACUGCCAUGCAAAAAAUCCUGCCCCUGGUUUCAAGAUGAGGUUUUUGCUUGUGCUGGUGAUGCUGGCAACAUGUGCUGCAAGUCCUCAAGAUCUGUCACGUAAAAUGUUCACCUUCCCACAACAAACCAACAAAGCUUACGUGAGGCUGAACCCAACAAAACAGGAUUUCAGCUUCGUAACCGUCUGUCACAGGUCAUUUACAGACCUCAAAAGAAGCCAUGUGCUCUUCUCUUUGGCCACACCCUCGCAUACCAAUGACUUCCUGAUUUUCUGGGAUAAUUUAAACAAAGAGGUAGAGCCUCAUAUCAGGAAUCAAAAGGCAGAAUAUGGAUGGCUGGACUACAUGGCAAACAUGUGGCACUCUGUUUGUACCACAUGGGACUCUGGCUCUGGACUGGUGCAGCUGUGGUUUGAUGGACAACCUUUGACUAGGAAAUUCAUCAGCUCUGGAUCCAACAUUAGAGGCCCUGUUAUCAUUGUUUUAGGACAGGAGCAAGAUUCCCAUGGUGGGGGGUUUGACAUUAAGCAGUCUUUUGUUGGUAUGAUGUCUGAUGUUCACAUGUGGGACUACAUCCUUUCAGCAUGUGAGAUCCAGAAGUAUGUGGAUGAACGAAACUUUACUCCAGGGAAUGUGCUCAACUGGGCGGCACUGGACUACCAGAUUAUAGACAGAGUGCUGGUAGAAGAUAAACUAAUGACAUGUCAGUAAACCUUUGAAACAUGACUGUCACUUUCAGAAAGUCAAAUAUCAUGUUGUCUGUGUUUUCUGACCAACGUUAAGAAUAAACUACUCAUUUCCUCA